GAGUAAGUACCGCCGGUCCAGAGAUUGGACGGGGUGUUACAUAAUGGUUCCCUGGUGGGGUUCCAGGAAGAGGUAUUCAAACUUGCUGAGCAAUGCUGGCAUCACGUCUGGAACUACUGGUGAAACCAAGUGUCCUGCUGGUUCUAGAAUACCAUUGGAGCCCUUCCACAGAAUUUUCGGCCUUUUCUACUGAAGCAUAGCUUUUGUCGUUGGAAAUCCCAUAAUAUAGGGGCCAAUGUGCUGGCCAUUGAACUCCCAACACCGUAGCCGCCCCAGGUUCUGUUCAAAGCAGUCCACCGAAAAAUCUUCCAAACCUAUUGAUAUUGGGAGCUGCCUGUAAACCCCUGGGCUAGAGAUGCGCUUGCCAUUUGCCACCAUCACUUGUAAAGUGUAAACCAGCAACACUUCUGAAUAGGAAGUUGGAGGGAUCGAAUGAUGCCUUUAUUGAUGAACACUUGGGACGAGCCUGAGUCCAGUAGGGCAGUGAGGGCAUGGUCCUUGACCUGUACUUGAACUUUCAUCGUCUGUAACCCCCCGGCCACAAUGCCUGUCAAUGCAUGUAGCGAAAUAGCCGGCAGAUCAUCAGCCAAAGCUAACUCCCCUUCUGACUGGGUAGAAAUUAGAAUCCUCAUCCGGAGCUACUUCCAAGACAAACAAUCGCUUGCAUCGAUGGCCUGGAGUGAACUUAUCACAGUUGUAACAUAGUCCUUGUGACCGUCGUUGCUGCAUCUCUGAUGGCAUUAAACGACGUCUACCCAGUGAGGGCGAGAACCCGCUGGCAAAGCGGACAUCGCUGCGGUGCGCGAAUACGUUGGUGGUGUCAUGCAAGAGCAUGUCCCACUGCUCUGCAUUGAGCUCAGCGCUGAUUGCUGGCGUUCAUAGAUGCGUACCAGCGUCUUUCAGCAUCACGGGCUACUGAACCGCAAUAUCAGUCUUCAGAGGCUCCCCAAUACCAGUGAUAAACAAGUGAACUUGCUUUUUCUCUGUCGAUUCCACAUCAUGGGAGGCCAAGGUUAAGAACUGAAACUGACUUCCAUACUACCGAUCCCGUUUGGCGCAGCAUCACUAACUCACUCAAUGGUGUCUCUGAUGGUUGGCCCAAAAUGGCGAAGAACCAGUUGGGUAAAACGUCACCACGACGGCUCGCUGGAAGACAUCUCCAAGUGAUAAGACCACAACUGAGUUGUCCCCAACUCCCUGUCAUGUGAUAUGAGGCUAGUCAAACCUUCUUGUUCUUCAGAGUCCCUUGGCCACGGAAGAACAUAUCACAUCUAUUCAGCCAAGGAAGAGGGUCCACGUUCCCGUCGAAUUUGGGAAAAAUCCAACUUGAAGAAACAAGGAGGGGUGCGAUCAUCAGUAUCCCAGCAGAAAAAAAUUCCCCACCCAUCCUGCCACCCGCGCUCCCAUCCGGAUCAGGGUCAAACCGACGAAGGAACAGCUACCACUGGCCCCGCCCCUCGCCGCGCUAGACCCCUGCGGCACUCCAUUGUCUCCUGCGAAUUUCUAGCUAUCUUGCUUAUCUGUAGUCUCUCUCAUGUAUGUUGUUUCUCUCCAGACUCCAGCUGAGCUGACCUAUUCACAUUCCAUAUUGUGCGCAGCUCCUAUCACCUCUAUCUUAUUCCUGCAUGUAUGAUGGAAGGCCACAGCCCACAAAUCAUUACCAUCUACCUCACACUGAUCCCUACUUUUUUAUCACAAGCUGAUUAAAUGCGCAAUAAAUUAUGUAUUGGAACAGAUGAGGAAAAACUUCCUGAAUGACAUUAAAGUGAACCAGGAUAGGCUAAUUGGAUUUUCCAAAUGAUUGGCCUUUUGAGUGGCAUGUCACAAAUUCUCUUUCUAUGUUAAAAAAAAGUAGGUCCCACCGGGAUUCGAACCCAGGUUGCCAGAUUCAAAGUCUGGAGUGAUAACCGCUACACCAUGGAACCAUUUUAUGUAUGUUCUCUCUAGAUAAUAUUUUAUCAUAGCACAUCAUUGUAGCACCUUUGUUUUACUUUUCCUAGUUGUUCCCAAUAAAAUCAUAUAUAGGUAAUAAAAUAAUUUCUAUAGUUUAACUAACUGAUGCAUCUUGCUGCUUUACAGAGCGGUGUUUAUGAAAUGGAUGGAAGCGGCAUUUUCCCUUGAGUUUGAUGUUUUAUUGUUUAUAUCAUCCUUUGUGAUGUCUGCAUUCUACCUGUUAAGUUUUGGUGUGAACAUGUUGCGAUUGUGUCCUUUUUCACCAAUUUUAGUUGUAAUAUAGAGAGGUGACCAAAACAUAAUUAUUCCACUGCUCGUUCGGUGUUCCCACUAUUGAGCUGUUCAAGCUUUAUUAUAGGGCUGUUAAUGAUGCACGACUUUGUAAAUUAGAUGUUCCAUGCUACGGACUAAUAAAGAAUUACAAUCAUGGCUUGAGUGAGACGUAUUUGCCAAGCACUAUAUCAGAAAUGUAUGGUGUGUCAAACAUCCUUUACAAAAUAGUAGCAUAUACUCUCUCUAUUCCAAAUUAUAAAACAUUUUGGCUUUUUUAGAUACAUUGCUAUUGCUUUUACUAUUUACCUAGACAUAGUGUAUAUCUAAAUCCACAGUAAAAAACUAUGUAUAUAGAAAAAACAAAAACUAUGUAAUUUGGAAUGGAGGGAGUAGAAAACUAGUUGGAUUGUUCAUAUGGAAAUAGCACCAUUCUAAAUUACUAAUGAACUUGCUUUUCUCAUGUAUGUUGUUUCUCUCCAGCUGAGCUGUCCUAUUUUGUUCCCUAUCGUCAUCGGGGGUGGACCCGCGCCCUGGGCUGGGAGGGCUGCAGCCUGGGGUGAGCCAAGAAAAAUCAAGUACUCCCUUUACGGUUUGCCCAGGAACAGCCCAUAACAAAGAGAAUAGUAAAGGUCCAACCCCACCCAGAGGAAGUGCCUGUGUGGCUGUGUCUCACCCUCUCCCAACAACCCUCUCUUGUCCGGCGUGACCUAAUCCGGCCAAUCUCGCCUCCUCUCUGGCCCUCGGUGCACAGUUCAGACCCUGCUGGGCACUGGGCACUGGGCACUGCCUGCCUGGGCUGCGGUGCUGCCCAGGUCCAUCCCUGUAACCCACCACAGCUAAUCUAGGCCUUUGAAAGAUCAUCAUUAAAAUUUGCCGCUUAUAAUACCUAUAGCCUUAAAUUAUUUAGCCUCCCUCUUGCUCGAUUUUUGGAUGCACUACUGAUUGCAACUCCUAUCUCCAUCUUAAUCCUGUUUGUGGGAUGGAAGGUCCCAAAUCCUUGCCUAUCUACCUCCCACUGAUUCCUACUACGUUCUCUAUCCCAAGCGAUUUCUGGAUGCACCACUGAUUGUGCUUGUGCACAAGCACAACUCCUAUCUCCUCCAGCUUAAUCCUGUCUGUAGGAUGGAAGGGAGACUUCAACUUGUCAACUCUGUCCUCUCGUCUCUGCCAACAUACGCCAUGUGCACCUUACAAGUUCCAGCAGCGGUCUUGGAGUACAUUGACACAGCCAGACGACACUGUUUGUGGCGUAAUUCUGAUAGCAAUGCAAAAUUUAAGCCUCUGGUGGCUUGGAAUAAAUGCACACGACCGAAGAAAAAAGGUGGUCUGGGGGUCAUCAACCUAAGAAGCCAGAACUCGUAUCUCCGAAUGAAAUUUCUUGACAAGCUCUACAACAGGAAACAAAUCCCUUGGGUUAACCUGGUUUGGAAUACAUACUACUCUGACGGCAAGACCCCUCAUGCAUCCAAGUUCAUGGGCUCGUUUUGGUGGAGAGACGCCCUUAAACUUUGUGAUCUCUUCAGAGGAAUCUCCAACUGUAAGGUUGGAGAUGGUAAAACUGUUCUAUUUUGGCAUGAUUUAUGGAAUGACAACAUCCGCAGAAACAAAUUUCCAAGGCUUUUCACCUUCGCAAAAAAUCAAAGCAUUUCGGUUGCUUCCUUUUUGACUCAGGAGAACUUGACAGACAAUUUCCACUUACCCCUUACUGAGCAAGCAAACACUGAGCUGCAACAACUCCCGGAUGAAGUGCAACAAAUUCGAGAAUCAGUGAUUGAACCUGAAGAGAAAGACUCUUGGAGUUAUAUUUGGGGGAAUAGCACCUACUCGUCAACUAAACUUUACCACUACACUUUCAAAAAUGUGAAUCCUCCAAAACCAUUUCUCUGGAUCUUGGAGUCCAGAUGUUCAAACAAGCUUAAAGUCUUCGCCUGGCUGCUGUUGAUGGACAGGCUGAACACCAGAAACAUCCUAAAGAGAAAGAACUUUAAGGUUCAAGGCGACAACUACAGCUGUGCUCUUUGUCAACUUCAAAGAGAAGAAACUGCCUUCCAUUUGUUCUUCAAUUGCCCUUUCAGCCAAGACUGUUGGAGACAUCUGAAUAUUCAGUGGAACCACCAAAUUGACUUCUUUGCGACCUUUCAACAAGCCAGGGACUUGCACGGUUCACCAUUCUUUAUGGAGGUCUUUAUCAUAGCAGCUUGGCAAAUCUGGAAGCAAAGAAACAAUUUUAUCUUUGACAGGGGACGACCAUCUUUCAUUGGCUAGAAAAAAGAAUUCCGCGCCGAAGCUCUUCUGCAAGCUAACCGCUUUUCUGAAGAGAAAUCAACUCUUUUCUCCUCGCUUGUGAAUUCCUAUAGAUAGCAGAUAGUUUUUUCCCUGUGCUUUAGUUAGUUUCCUUCUGGUUUAUGUCUUGGGAGCGACUGCUAAUGCUCUUUGUCCGUCUUCUUCUUUAUAUUAAUAUAUAUCUACCACAGCACAGCAGGGGCUUCCCUUGCUGUACAUUUUCAAAAAAAAAAGUACUGGAACAGAUGAUAACUUUCUGAAUGGUAUUAAAGUGAACCAGGAUAGGCUGAUUGGAUUU